GAGCGCCUCGGCCUGAGGCCCCGGCCCGCCAUGCCACUGCCACGCCCGAGCCCGCGGGUGCUCCCGGGGCUGCUGCUGCUGCUGCUGCUGCUGGGGGGCGCGGCGGGGGCACCCCGGGCGGGCGGGGGGCCGCAGCCUGCCUUCCGCACCUUCUCGGCCAGCGACUGGGGCCUGACCCACCUGGUGGUGCACGAGCAGACCGGCGAGGUGUACGUGGGCGCAGUGAACCGCAUCUACAAGCUGUCAGGGAACCUGACGUUGCUGCGGGCCCACGUGACGGGGCCCGUGGAGGACAACGAGAAGUGCUACCCGCCCCCCAGCGUGCAGUCGUGCCCCCAUGGCCUGGGCAGCACUGACAAUGUCAACAAGCUCCUGCUCCUGGACUACGCCGCCAACCGCCUGCUGGCUUGCGGCAGCGCCUCCCAGGGCAUCUGCCAGUUCCUGCGGCUGGACGACCUCUUCAAGCUGGGCGAGCCGCACCACCGCAAGGAGCACUACCUGUCCAGCGUGCGCGAGGCGGGCAGCAUGGCCGGCGUGCUGAUCGCUGGGCCGCCGGGCCUGGGCCAGGCCAAGCUCUUUGUGGGCACGCCCAUCGACGGCAAGUCCGAGUACUUCCCCACGCUGUCCAGCCGCCGGCUCAUGGCCAACGAGGAGGACGCCGACAUGUUCGGCUUCGUGUACCAGGACGAGUUCGUGUCGUCACAGCUCAAGAUCCCCUCGGACACGCUGUCCAAGUUCCCGGCCUUCGACAUCUACUAUGUGUACAGCUUCCGCAGUGAGCAGUUCGUCUACUACCUCACCCUCCAGCUGGACACGCAGCUCACCUCGCCUGACGCCGCCGGCGAGCACUUCUUCACUUCCAAGAUCGUGCGGCUCUGCGUGGACGACCCCAAGUUCUACUCCUACGUCGAGUUCCCCAUUGGCUGCGAGCAGGCGGGUGUGGAGUACCGCCUGGUGCAGGACGCCUACCUGAGCCGGCCCGGCCGUGCCCUGGCCCGCCAGCUGGGCCUGGCCGAGGAUGAGGACGUGCUGUUCACCGUGUUCGCGCAGGGCCAGAAGAACCGUGUGAAGCCCCCCAAGGAGUCUGUGCUGUGCCUGUUCACGCUCAGGGCCAUCAAGGAGAAGAUCAAGGAGCGCAUCCAGUCCUGCUACCGUGGCGAGGGCAAGCUCUCGCUGCCCUGGCUGCUCAACAAGGAGCUGGGCUGCAUCAACUCGCCACUGCAGAUCGACGAUGAUUUCUGUGGGCAGGACUUCAACCAGCCUCUGGGGGGCACGGUCACGAUUGAGGGCACGCCCCUGUUCGUGGACAAGGAUGACGGCCUGACGGCUGUGGCUGCCUAUGACUACCGGGGCCGCACCGUGGUGUUCGCCGGCACGCGCAGUGGCCGCAUCCACAAGAUCCUGGUGGACCUGGCAAACCCCGGCGGCCGGCCAGCCCUGGCCUAUGAGAGUGUGGUGGCCCAAGAGAGCAGCCCCAUCCUGCGUGACCUGGUCCUCAGCCCCGACCGCCAGUAUCUCUAUGCUAUGACGGAGAAGCAGGUGACGCGGGUGCCUGUGGAGAGCUGUGUGCAGUAUGCGUCAUGCGAGAUGUGCCUGGGGUCACGGGACCCCCAUUGCGGCUGGUGCGUCCUGCACAGCAUCUGCUCCCGGCAGGACGCCUGCGAGCGGGCCAACGAGCCCCAGCGCUUCGCCUCGGACCUGCUGCAGUGCGUGCAGCUGACAGUGCAGCCUCGCAACGUGUCGGUCACCAUGUCUCAGGUCCCGCUUGUGCUGCAGGCCUGGAACGUGCCCGACCUCUCGGCCGGCGUCAACUGUUCCUUCGAGGACUUCACCGAGUCUGAGAGCAUCCUGGAGGACGGUCGGAUCCACUGCCGCUCACCCUCCGCGCGGGAGGUGGCACCCAUCACGCGAGGCCAGGGAGACCAGCGGGUGGUCAAGCUUUACCUGAAGUCCAAGGAGACGGGCAAGAAGUUUGCAUCCGUGGACUUUGUCUUCUACAACUGCAGUGUCCACCAGUCCUGCCUGUCCUGUGUCAAUGGCUCCUUCCCCUGCCACUGGUGCAAGUACCGGCACGUGUGCACCCACGACGCCGCCGACUGCGCCUUUCUAGAGGGCCGCGUCAACGUGUCUGAGGACUGUCCGCAGAUCCUGCCCUCCGCCCAGAUCUACGUGCCAGUGGGCGUGGUGAAGCCCAUCACCCUGGCCGCCCGCAACUUGCCGCAGCCGCAGUCGGGCCAGCGCGGGUACGAGUGCCUCUUCCACGUCCCAGGGGGCCCGGCGCGCGUCACUGCCCUGCGCUUCAACAGCUCCAGCCUGCAGUGCCAGAACUCCUCGUAUUCCUACGAGGGCAAUGAUGUCAGCGACCUGCCCGUGAACCUGUCAGUGGUAUGGAAUGGCAACUUCGUCAUCGACAACCCUCAGAACAUUCAGGCCCACCUGUACAAGUGCCCGGCCCUGCGGGAGAGCUGUGGCCUCUGCCUCAAGGCCGACCCGCGCUUCGAGUGUGGCUGGUGCGUGGCCGAGCGCCGCUGCUCCCUGCGUCCCCACUGCCCCGCCGACUCGCCCGCCGCCUGGAUGCAUGCCCGCCAUGGCACCAGCCGCUGCACCGACCCCAAGAUCCUUAAGCUGUUCCCCGAGACGGGCCCGCGGCAGGGGGGCACGCGGCUCACCAUCACGGGCGAGAACCUGGGCCUGCGCUUCGAGGACGUGCGGCUGGGCGUGCGUGUGGGCAAGGUGCUGUGCAGCCCCGUGGAGAGCGAGUACAUCAGUGCCGAGCAGAUCGUCUGUGAGAUUGGGGAUGCCAGCACAGUGCGGGCUCAUGAUGCCCUGGUGGAGGUGUGCGUGCGAGACUGUUCCCCCCACUACCGGGCCUUGUCACCCAAGCGCUUCACUUUCGUGACGCCAACUUUCUACCGGGUGAGCCCUGCGCGAGGGCCCCUUUCGGGCGGCACCUGGAUUGGCAUCGAGGGCAGCCACCUGAAUGCGGGCAGCGACGUGGCUGUGUCUGUUGGUGGUCGGCCCUGUUCCUUCUCCUGGAGGAAUUCCAGAGAGAUCCGGUGUCUGACGCCCCCUGGGCAGAGCCCUGGCAGCGCCCCCAUCGUCAUCAACAUCAACCGUGCUCAGCUCACCAACCCGGAGGUGAAGUACAACUAUACGGAGGACCCCACCAUCCUGAAGAUCGACCCUGAGUGGAGCAUCAACAGCGGAGGGACCCUCCUAACGGUCACGGGCACCAACCUGGCCACCGUCCGCGAACCCCGCAUCAGGGCCAAGUAUGGAGGUGUCGAGAGGGAGAACAGCUGCCUGGUGUAUAACGACACCACCAUGGUGUGCCGGGCCCCGUCGGUGGACAACCCUACGCGCAGCCCCCCGGAGCUGGGGGAGCGGCCCGACGAGCUGGGCUUCGUCAUGGAUGAUGUGCGUGCGCUGCUGGUGCUCAACGCCUCCUCUUUCCUCUAUUACCCGGACCCUGUGCUGGAGCCACUCAGCCCCACGGGCCUCUUGGAGCUGAAGCCCAGCUCCCCGCUCAUCCUCAAGGGCCGGAACCUUCUGCCCCCUGCGCCUGGCAACGCGCGGCUCAACUACACGGUGCUCAUCGGCUCCACACCCUGCGCCCUCACCGUGUCAGAGACCCAGCUGCUCUGCGAGUCACCCAACCUCACGGGGCAGCACAAGGUCACGGUGCGGGCUGGCGGCUUCGAAUUCUCACCAGGGAUGCUGCAGGUGUACUCGGACAGCUUACUGACCCUGCCCGCCAUCGUCGGCAUCGGUGGGGGCGGGGGCCUCCUGCUGCUGGUCAUUGUAGCCGUACUCAUUGCCUACAAGCGUAAGUCUCGGGAUGCUGACCGCACCCUCAAGCGGCUGCAGCUGCAGAUGGACAACCUGGAGUCCCGCGUGGCCCUGGAGUGCAAGGAAGCCUUUGCGGAGCUGCAGACGGACAUCCACGAGCUGACCAAUGACCUGGAUGGUGCCGGCAUCCCGUUCCUUGACUACCGGACGUACGCCAUGCGGGUGCUCUUCCCCGGGAUCGAGGACCAUCCAGUGCUCAAGGAGAUGGAGGUGCAGGCCAACGUGGAGAAGUCACUGACACUGUUUGGGCAGCUGCUCACCAAGAAGCACUUUCUGCUGACCUUCAUCCGCACGCUGGAGGCCCAGCGCAGCUUCUCCAUGCGAGACCGUGGGAAUGUGGCUUCACUCAUCAUGACGGCGCUGCAGGGUGAGAUGGAAUAUGCCACGGGGGUGCUCAAGCAGCUGCUGUCUGACCUCAUCGAGAAGAACCUAGAGAGCAAGAACCACCCCAAGCUGCUGCUGCGGCGGACCGAGUCAGUGGCGGAAAAGAUGCUGACCAACUGGUUCACCUUCCUUUUGUAUAAAUUCCUGAAGGAGUGCGCAGGGGAGCCCCUCUUCAUGCUCUACUGCGCCAUCAAGCAGCAGAUGGAGAAGGGCCCCAUUGAUGCCAUCACGGGCGAGGCCCGCUACUCCCUGAGUGAGGACAAGCUCAUCCGGCAGCAGAUCGACUAUAAGACACUGACGCUGAACUGUGUGAACCCCGAGAAUGAGAAUGCACCUGAGGUGCCAGUGAAGGGGCUGAACUGUGACACGGUGACGCAGGUUAAGGAGAAGCUGCUGGAUGCCGUGUACAAGGGUGUGCCCUACUCCCAGCGGCCAAAGGCUGGGGACAUGGACCUGGAGUGGCGCCAAGGCCGCAUGGCGCGCAUCAUUCUGCAGGAUGAGGAUGUCACCACCAAGAUUGACAACGACUGGAAGAGGCUGAACACGCUGGCUCACUACCAGGUGACCGACGGGUCCUCAGUGGCCCUGGUGCCCAAGCAGACGUCCGCCUACAACAUCUCCAACUCAUCCACCUUUACCAAGUCUCUCAGCAGAUACGAGAGCAUGCUGCGCACAGCGAGCAGCCCCGACAGCCUGCGCUCCCGUACCCCCAUGAUCACGCCCGACCUGGAGAGCGGCACCAAGCUGUGGCACCUGGUGAAGAAUCAUGACCACCUGGACCAGCGGGAGGGCGACCGAGGCAGCAAGAUGGUCUCCGAGAUCUAUCUGACACGGCUGCUGGCCACCAAAGGCACGCUGCAGAAAUUUGUGGAUGAUCUGUUCGAGACCAUCUUCAGCACAGCGCACCGGGGCUCGGCCCUGCCGUUGGCCAUUAAGUACAUGUUCGACUUCCUGGACGAGCAGGCUGACCAGCACCAGAUACACGACUCAGACGUGCGCCACACGUGGAAGAGCAACUGCUUGCCCCUGCGCUUCUGGGUGAAUGUGAUCAAGAACCCGCAGUUUGUGUUCGACAUACACAAGAGCAGCAUCACGGACGCCUGCUUGUCAGUGGUGGCCCAGACCUUCAUGGACUCCUGCUCCACGUCUGAACACAAGCUGGGCAAGGACUCACCCUCCAACAAGCUGCUCUAUGCCAAGGACAUCCCCAACUACAAGAGCUGGGUGGAGAGGUACUAUGCUGACAUUGCCAAGAUGCCUGCCAUCAGUGACCAGGACAUGAGCGCCUACCUGGCUGAGCAGUCGCGGCUACACCUGAGCCAGUUCAACAGCAUGAGCGCCUUGCACGAGAUCUACUCCUACAUCACUAAGUACAAGGAUGAGAUCCUGACUGCCCUGGAGAAGGAUGAGCAGGCGCGGCGGCAGCGGCUCCGGAGCAAGCUGGAGCAGGUGGUGGACACGAUGGCCCUGAGCAGCUGAGACACUUGGCCAUCACCGCCCAGUGGGAGUUGAGCUACAGGGCCCGCAGGCGCGGCCUCCGUCCGGCAGCCAGAGCUGGGAGGCCCCGGAGGCAGCCUCGCCCCAACUGUGCCUAGUGCCAGGGCGCUCGGGGCCGGGCGUGCGGUCCAGCGUCCUCCCGGCCCUCCC